AACCUGGAUCUAAAGUCUUCAAAAACCCAAAAUCUAUGUCCGAAACUCGAUCCCUAAACUAUACGACAUAGAUCUUUUUGAUUGAAAGGGAAAACAAUUUCUAACACUACUCCAAGCAAUGGCAACCCUAGCAGAGAGAUGUACGAAGAUGGUGGAAGAUGUAUCUCCACCACCAGGUUCAGUUCCCACAACCUCUCUCCCUCUCACCUUCUUCGACAUUCAGUUCCUUGGUUCCUCUCCCUUCCAACGCCUAUUUUUCUAUGAAUUCCCGCACCCUACCUCGUAUUUCAUGCAAACCACUCUCCCCUCUCUCAAAACAUCUCUCUCCCUCACUCUUCAACGUUUCUUUCCUUUCGCCGGUAAUCUUGUGUUCCCUGCGCCUCCUCAAAUCCCUUAUAUUCUCUAUACACAGGGUGAUUCUGUUUCGUUUUUCGUCAAUGAAUCCACAGCUGAUUUUAGCCAUCUCGCAGGCGAUCACGCCAGACAUUUUCAAGAAUUUCAACUUCUUCUCCCCAAGUUACUGCCUGCGAUUGCAAGUAAGACGUCGAGUGGUUGCAUACAAAAGAUGCCCCUUAUGGCCAUUCAAGUCACUCUAUUUCCGAACCAAGGCAUUUCAAUUGGAGUUGGCUUUUGCCAUGUUGCGGGUGACGGUAGAACACUUGCUCAUUUUAUGAAAUCAUGGGCAUCCAUUCAGCAGUCUCAAGGGGAUUUGACUUGUCUCAACAAUCCCUUACCCGAUUUCAGCAGUAGGGAUUUGAUUGAAGACCCUUUAGGACUAGCAUCUCUUUUCAUGAAGCGGAAGUGGAAUUUCGAGGAUUUAUCUAACAAUCCCAUCAAAAAGCUUCGAAUCACUUGUACUAUCAAACGGUCUCAAGUUGAGUUAUUGAAAGAUUUGAUAAAAAAAGGUUGCGUGGAAGACAACGGGUCCGAGCCUGUAAGUAUUUCAACAUUCGUAGUAACAUGUACUUACAUGUGGGUUUGUUUGACAAAAUUACAAGAAAUAACGGUAACACAACAAAUCUCAUCAGCUGAUUACUCCGAUGAGCUUUCUUAUUUCCUAUUUGCAGUAGAUUGCAGAGGCCACUUAAAAUUACCUGCCACAUACUUUGGGAACUGUACUAUAGCACGCACCGUAGCAGUUAAGAGAAGUGCGCUGAUUGGAGAAACUGGAAUUGUGGUGGCAGGCAAGGCCAUUGGAAGAGAAGUUAUGGAAACGUACAAAGGACCACUGAAAGGGGCAGAAAGAAGGGAAAUAUUCAAAAGUAGACACCCUCCUAUCAUGGUUUCAGCAUCACCAAAAUUCGAAUUAUAUAAGAUAGAUUUUGGGUGGGGAAGGCCUAGAAAGACGGAGGUUGCCAACAUUGGGUCGUUGGGAUCUCUUUCUCUGUUUUCUAUUGCAGAGAGUAGAGAGGAGGAAGGUAGUAUUGAAUUUGGGUUAGCACUUGCUCCUCAUGAAUUGGAUAUCUUCAAUUCUAAUUUCCACAGGACUUAUUAAAGUUACUGCAAUUGUAACAAUUAUUAUUAAAUAUUACUUGCCUGCUGGAAUUUAAUGAGAACCGAUAAAUACAAAAAAAAAUUAGCCUCA